GUAUCAUUGUAAUAUCUGUGGUAAAUCAUUCUCUCAAGAUGGCAACUUAAUGAAACACAAAUAUAUUCAUACAGGAGAGAAACCAUAUCACUGUGACAUUUGUGGUAAAUCAUUCUCUGAAAGUAGUAAAUUAUCUAGACACAAAUCUAUUCACACAGGAGAGAAACCAUAUAAUUGUGAUAUCUGUGGUAAAUCAUUCUCUCAAAGUAAUACAUUAACAAAACAUAAGCGUAUUCACACAGGGGAGAAACCAUAUCAUUGUGAUAUCUGUGGUAAAUCAUUCCCUGUAAGUAGUACAUUAAUUAGACACAAAUCUGUUCAUACAGCAGAAAGACCAUAUGACUGUGAUAUUUGUGGUAAAUCAUUCUCUGAAAGUCGUACAUUAUUUAGACACAGACGUAUUCAUACAGGAGAGAAACCGUAUCAUUGUGAUAUCUGUGGUAAAUCAUUCUCUGAAAGUGGUACUUUGACUAGACACAAAUCUGUUCAUGUGGAAGAUAAGCUGUUUAAAUGUAAUAUCUGUGGUAAAUCAUUCUCUGAAGGUUGUGCAUUAACAAGACACAGACGUAUUCAUACGGGAGAGAAGCCAUAUCAUUGUGAUAUCUGUGGUAAAUCAUUCUCUGAAAGCGGUACUUUGACUAGACACAAAUCUGUUCAUUUGGGAGAGAAACUGUAUCGCUGUGAGAUCUGUGGUAAAUCAUUUUCUGAAAGUAGUACAUUAACUAGACACAGACGUAUUCAUACAGGAGAGAAACCAUAUCACUGUGAUAUCUGUGGUAAAUCAUUCUCUGAAAGUGGUACUUUGACUAGACACAAAUCUAUUCAUACAGGAGAAAAACCAUAUCACUGUGAUAUUUGUAGUAAAUCAUUUGCUGACAAUGGUGGCUUAGCAAAGCACAGACGUAGUCAUACAGGAGAAAAACCGUAUCACUGUGAUAUCUGUGGUAAAUCAUUCGCUCAGAGUUGGUACUUACCAAAACAUAAAUAUAUUCAUACAGGGAAGAAAGGGAAAAUGUAGUUUCUUGUUUUGCAAUAUAUUUUUAAUAUUCCUUUGAUUUAUGCAAUUGAAAUUAAAGUGUUUCCAAGACUUUUA